CCCAAGUCAAAGCACGUUCACAUUUUUUUUCGCGCGCUUAGAUCGACCACACUUUCGCUUUCCUGUUGGGUGGAUUGCCUGCGACUGGGUGGAGCAUUUAUAUCUUCGACCUCGCUGGAAAAUGUGAAUGUCCUAACUGAAAGCCAUCGCAAAACAAAAUGCAGUCCAUGGUGAAAAUCAUUGCCUUAUGGAUAUGCUUGUGCAUUCGUCAGAUGACCUGGUUUUCUGGCUCCCAGGGCUCUCAGCUAGGCCUUGUCGUGCCUGACAAGACGACUGACGGGCUCUUCGCCUCCAUGGGGCGGGCCAGGAUCGGAAAAUUCACGGUCAACGGCGAGACCGCGGAACUUGAUGUCAUCCUGGAAGACACCGUAGGAACAAAAGAGGUCUGGCUCCUUGACUUUCAGCCCUACCGUUACAAGAUUGCGACCCCGAUUGACCAUCGAACUGGUGACUUGUGGUCCAGCAGGACCGGUUAUUGCUCAAAUGUGGAGGAGGACCGUAGAUGGGAGGAUCGCUAUUUCGACGACGACUUCUUCAAGUCCAAAAACAGCUCUGGUGCCAAAAAUCUCUUCUCCAGGUACCUACGGGGAAGUGACGAAAAUGCAACACUUGGCAUUCGUCUGGACGAAGUUCGUUAUGCGGGGAGCCUGGACACAUUCAUGUACUGUGAGAGAUCAGAUGGAUCCAACAUUUGGGAUUUCAGCAUCCAUUUUGAGGAAAUCCAGUACACCACCGUACUCUAUGCAACCAAUGUACGCCCGGUACCUGGCUGGUCUCCAGGGGGCAGUAUUCGCGUCCCUGCAGUGGCUUACGUUCAGACACACAUCAGGCUUGUGUGGAGGCUGACGCGCAUAGCAAUGGUCAAUUUUGUGGUGAGUUCUGUCCCAAUUAUAAGUGAGCGCCUCUUGGAGGAGAUUGGUCGUCUGCUAGUCCUGUUUGACUUUGCCAUCGUCGAACCGUAUCUCCUCAGUGACGGCGUGCCAGACCUGUCGCGUGCCCGCCUACACAUGGGGUUCUCAACCCUGCUGCCUGCCAGGAACCGUUCGAUAGUUGUGUUCCGAAACGGAACUGAGAUCUACGAACCAGAGGUUCAGGGGAACUCCCUGGAAGAAGUUGUCAGCGCGCCUCCCUCAACAUUGGAAGAAACGCCAAUCUGUAGCCUCCGACGACCGCAGUACUGUCAACAGACCUGGGAGUUUGAGAUGGUGCUGAGGAUGGAUCUAGCCACCCUGGUACAAGAACUUCCUCUUGACGCUACUGGUGUCUUCCAGUUUAACUUUGAUUCCUACAAGUGUCCUGAUCUGAACACAACUGAAGCCUGUGAGCUAGCUAGUGAUCUUCCGCCGUGGGAUGUUCGCAUUGAUUUGACCCUUCAGACGACAGUGGAUGCGGUGGACGAGCAAACAGAUAGCGUCACUCUGUCCAUUGUCAAACUAGCCAAUGACAAGGGAGAGGACCUCCGCGGCGGCCGGACCAUCAACCACAUGGAGAACAUCACCGUCGAGGUGCGGUUCUCGCCAGCAUUCCUACGGUCCAGCUACAUCCUGGAACUUCAGCUGUUCAUGGUCUGCAUCGGGGACCAGCACUUGGACUCCUCUCAGGGCUGCCUUGGAGCCAGGGAAGAGGACCGGUACUCAGCAUUUGUCGGUCAAGAUCUAUAUUUUACUUAUGAUCCAGCUGAGGCACCCGAGUACGCAGCUAUGCUUCAACCCACGGAUACACCACCAGAAGAUGGAGUUGAGGGAAGCUCUAAAACAGCGGUUCCACCGACCACAGUCCCUCAAACAUACAUUGUUGAGAAAGUUUUGACUCGGAAGUAUGGCAUUUGGACAGGAGUGGCUGUGGAUAGCGUCUUCAUCCGACCAUAUCCUGAUUCUACCCUCAGAAGGUCCCUUGGGAGUCCAGUGUCAUCGCUUCAUUUCCUUAAGGAGGAUAUUGGAGAUGGGAGCCUGUCUCCACUUUACAUGAUAGAGCUCUUGUCCUCAGCCAGUCCUCCGAUUUUACAGCCGACGAUCAUCGUGGACAGCUCCGCCUUUCAACUGUACUUUGCCUGGCGUUUGGACCAGUACCGUGUCCUGGAGACGGUUCUGGCAGGGACCGAUGCGGGCUCAGAUGGGAAUCUCCAACAGGUCUACUCGGCCUUCACAAGCGAGUCCCCAGUGGUGUCUUACGUGGGCACUGACAACCCGGCAAAACUCCACUGUGAGGAUUUCGACACUGAGCAGCAUCACUGGUACUACUACGAGCCAGACUGGGUCGACUUAGCAUCUCCCUCCUGCCAGUUCUUGAUGGACUUGGUCAGUUUGAGGAACCUCGUACAGGAGAUUGCGUCGGCAAGCCUUCAGCCUUUACCAAGAGCUGAAGGCCCGCUGUCUGAUUACCAGGAGCCUACUCUGUCAUGGAAUGCAAGUUCCAGACACGAUGUGUAUUUGCUGUCAGACAGGGAUUUGUUGCUGAACAUCUUACAUCUGGAACCCAGUUACGUCGACAAGCUUGUUGAGUUUGAAAAAGCCUCGGAUUGGCAACGCGUCGAUCUUGGGCUGUACAGCAUUCUUCUGUUUCAAGAGGAAGACAUCCUGCUGGCAUUCGAACCCUCAGGGUUCCUGAGUAACUUACGAGACAGGGUUCAAUACUUUGCAGACAGGGUGAAUAGUUUCAGUGACUAUGUCAUAGAAGCCGUUGAUCAACAGAGUAAAAAUGACGAAGUCCAGUUGGCGGCAAUACUGGAAGUGGUUUCAGAAUUGACCAGAAAUGAGAGUGAGUACUUUGAAACCUUUUCGUCUGAGUCGUCAGACAGUUUGGAUGAAGGCUACUGGCUGGGUGUGGCCAUUGACGAUUCCUUUUACCGAUUCCUGUGGAGCAUUUGCUCCUUGGGCAGGGGCAGUUUCCAAGGUAACUUCUACAAGACAGAGUCGCGCAAUCCAGAGAUCACCCUGGACCCUAUCAUGUGCCGAGAUGGGCGCUUCCUUGCCGGUUACUCAGAGCACUGUCAGAUGAACUGGGCGGAGGUGAUUCCAUUCUGGGUGUACCCUGCACCUCUUGUGACCGCCCAGGAGGCGUUGCCCGGUGGGUGGGGCUUCUGGUCGGAUUGGAGCGAGUGCUCGCAGUCCUGUGGGGGCGGGGUUCGCACCAGACACAGAGAGUGCAUUGAUAUGCAGCGUGGAUGCAGCGGUUUAGACAGCGUGACAGAUUCUUGCAACAAGGAUGGAUGUAGUCUGUUUGACAGUGAGGGUUUCCGCCUCGUGCUGAAAGCAGCGCGACACUCAGGGAUUAGCAUCUACGACUUCUGGGUUUCGUCCGACUUUACAGCCGAUUCAGAAAUCCAUUCCAGCCUGUACAAGAGCAGCCUGGUAGAGGAGUGGGCAGACACCAUCACUGUUAAAGAAGUAAAGGUAUCCAUGCUGUACCAAGAUCAGCCAGUCCUAGAGCUGAUCUUCAACGGUCAAGAAUCCAACAAGAUGGAUUGGUUUAGAGCCCAUCGUCUGAUCUCCUCUCCGUACAAUGACGUUAGUAGCAGCAGCAAGAACUUCUUCAGUAUUGAUGGCCAUGCCAGUCUAGGACGUCGUUUCUUCAUCAGCCACUGGUACAGAGGAUGUCGCCACCAGUUGGGUUGGAUGGUAGUCCUUGAUGCUGGGUCACGGUUCCACCCAUGUUCCUGGGAAAAACACCUGUCAUAUCCGGCAUUCUACUACAGCAAGAUCAGCACCAAGACCAACUUCAGAAGAGGGCAGAUAGGAAUAGCUGAUGAAUUUGCCAUCUACAUUAAGUACACAAAGUCAGCUUACAUCCCUCCCCCUCCUACAUUGCCCCCGCCUGUCACCUACACCAGGGAGAUGAUCUCAUCCCCGCCGCCGGGCAGCCAACUGCGCCUUGAGGAAUACGACCUGGAGAAACAGGUGCACAGGAGUCAGCUCCAGAAUACAGUCUUGUCUCAGGAGAGGAAUGCAUAUACCAUGACAACCAUUUAUACACUUGUGAGCAUCGAUGAAGAGAGAACCAGGCGAGACGGGCACCGGGCAAGACGAACACUGAUAGCGUCCACACAAAUACCUCAGCUUCAGAGCGCCCGGUUCAUUUCGGAAGGUUGCCCACCAGGGUCAGAGUUCAAUCCUAUUGACCUGACCUGCGACUGUCUCCAAAGUGAUUGGUUCUACAGUGAGGAAUCCUUCCAUUGCGAGCCCAGAAACACUAUAGAGGAUCCAGAAAUGGAUGUUGUAGAGAAUACUGUCACCCCUGAUAACGGGAACACUUCAUCCAGCCCUACAGGUCACCUUUUAUCAGUGGUCCUUGCCACAGCUGCUGUUCUUAUUAUCGGUCACAGAUGGCAGUAAUCAGGCCUUUCUCAUACUGACCAAGGAAUAAAGUCGGUUACUUUGUGAGGAUUUUGUUUUUUACCUGGAUGUGAAGUUGAAGGUAUUUGACUUCAAGUCAGCACUUGUCUCUCACGAAGUGCUCAGGUUUCUGAAUUUCCUACAUUGUAUUUCAUAAAUUUCGUGAAUUUUAUGUUCUUGGAUGUGCUUUUAGAUUUUUGUCUGAGACCUACCGAUUUGAAAAAGACGUUUUGCAAAUGGUCCUCAUUUUUUACUUUGAUGAUACCCUUUGUUUAUGAUCUCAGAGGUAUCUGUAUAUUUACAUGCAAGGAUUUCAAAGUUUGGCAAGAUUCAAAAAGUAACAUCUCUCAACCCUCACAAACACAAAAAUCCCAUUAACUUAUUCAGAAUAAAAAUUAAAAUAUCUUCACAUCUCUGACCCUGUUUCCAUAUAUAACUAGUAGUAUACAUGUAUAUUGAACAGUGCACGGAUAAAUCAUAAAUCUUUCAAAAAGAAAAUAGAGCGAGAUAACUUCGCCAUUCACUUCAAAAUAAACAGAGGGGGUGAAGGGAACGCUUAAUCCAGCCCAACAGGUCACCUAUUAUCAGUGGUCCUUGCCACAGCCGCUGUUCUUAUCAUCAGUCACAGAUGGCAGUAAUCGGGCCUUUCUCAUACCAUGGAGGAAGGACAUAAAAACCUGACCAAGGAAUAAAGUUGGUCACCUUGUAAGGAUUUUGUUUUUUACCUGGUUGUGAAGUGAAAGUAUUGGACUCCAAGUCCACACUUGUCUCUCGUGAAGUGCUCAGGUUUCUGAAUUUCCUACAUUGUAUCUAAUGUUGUGUAAAUUUUAAGUUCUUGGAUGUGCUUUUAGAUUUUUGUCAAUUUUUUUUCUUAAUCUGCAGAAAAAUAUGCUUUUGAUGAGUUUUUGAACUCAGCAUCUUAUCUUAUAUUUGCUUAAUUAUUUAUUGUACCUGUAUAUGCUUUGGUCUUUAAAAUUACUUUCCUCACAAGAUAAAGGUGAUCUGAUAGCAUCCAGCAUUUUGAGAGGUGGCAAAAUUGGUUUUGAAAAAAAUAUAUAUAUUUUUACAAGGAAAACUAUACUACUCUUGUGAAUAUGCUGUUCCAUGGACCAGCAUUUACAUCAAAGAAAUGUUAGUAAUGUGUACACUAAAGGACAUUUAGCUAUAUUUGAAUCUACCACAAGUCUCCACUGUUCGGGAUGUACAUGUAAAAAAACCCAUAUAUUUCUGCAUUUGGAAUUUUUCUUCAUACUCGGUAUAUUUCUAGAUACUCCGCGAUAUCCCCAAAGCAAACCGAGUGUCAAUUUAAUGAUGAGAUGUCAGCGACCCACUCGUGGAAAUCAGAAAAAAAAAAUGUCAUCAAGCACUGAGAUGACGCAAGCAGUUUGCGCACAAGUGUUGGUUGAUGAAAAGUUCAAAAGUAAAUGUAUGUAAUUAUCACGUCGGGUAUUUCUGCAGACGAAUGGAAAAAUUAAACAUGUUUGAAAUGCUCUGCUGAAUAUCCAGGGAAGGGCCCAUCCGCCAUGAACAUGGCAAAAAUGAAUAACUGGCUCUGAUAUUUUGUGGCUGGCUCAAGGUUGUUUAAAUCCUUCUGACCGACCCAAAGUAA